AUGAUACGGAGCCCUUUUGGGAUUUAUAUUCUCGUUGUUCUGUUGGAUUGUUGCUGGGAAGCGGUGUCUGGGCAGCUCUCUUACUCCGUCUCAGAGGAGGUAAACCCGGGGACUUCUGUCGGAAAUAUCGCUAAAGAUCUAAACCUUAAUGUCCACGACUUGGAGGCACGUAUGUUUCAGAUUGUUAGCGGAUCGAAAACUAAAUAUUUCGAUGUAAAUCUGAAAACUGGUGUCCUUUAUGUCAAUGAAAGAAUCGACCGUGAGGAGCUUUGUGCGAAAGCAACAACAUGUUCUGUCAAUGUAGAGGCCGUGAUUAACAACCCACUGAAGCUUUACCGCUUAGAGGUAAAUAUAGUCGAUAUAAAUGAUAAUGCGCCAUAUUUCACUGAAAAAUUGCAGUAUCUUAACAUUGCUGAAAGUACCGUGCCAGGAGGGAAAUUUGGAUUUAUAGGGGCAUCUGAUCUCGAUGUUGGCAAGAAUAGCGUUAGUACAUACAAACUAAGUCAAAAUGAGUAUUUUUCUUUAGAGGUCCACAAAGGGGGAGAUAGUGUGUCUGCCGAGCUUGUGCUCCAGAAAGCUUUAGACCGAGAAAAACAACGUACUGUGAGACUGACAGUGACUGCUGUGGACGGUGGGAAUCCACCCAAAUCGGGAACGUCUGAAAUCAUUAUAAAUGUUUUAGACAAUAACGACAACGCUCCGGUUUUCAGCAGCUCGUUGUACAAGGCACGUAUUUUUGAGAACGUAUCAAUAGGUAAAACCGUUAUUGUUCUGAAUGCAACAGACGCAGAUGAGGGUGUAAAUGCUGAAAUAGAAUAUUCAUUAAGAAGCAAAGGACAGGAUCGCAUUUUACAUUUAUUUCAAAUAGACUCUAAAACGGGUGCAAUUUUAGUCGGUGGUAAGAUUGACUAUGAGGAAUACCCUGCGUUUGAGAUUCAUGCACAGGCCAGUGACAAAGGCCAACCUCCGAUGUCUGUUCAUUGUAAGGUGCUGGUAGAAGUGGUGGACCUAAAUGACAACGCUCCUGAGAUCACGGUGACGUCACUAGUAAACACAGUGAAGGAGGACGCAGAAGCAGGUACUGCUAUAGCACUCGUUUCUAUCCUUGACAGAGAUGGAGGGGAAAACGGUGUAGUAAAAGCCGUAAUUGCAAAUCAUGCCCCGUUUCAAUUAGACACAAAUUACAAAAACUAUUAUUCGUUAGUGGUCAGUGGUCCGCUUGACAGAGAGACUCAGACCGAGUACAAUGUCACUAUCGUAGCAACUGAUGAAGGGACUCCACCUCUCUCCAGCACCAGCAUAGUGACAGUUCAUGUUUCUGAUGUCAAUGACAAUCCGCCUCGCUUCCCGGAGCCGAUGGUUAAUGUUUAUGUAAAAGAGAACAGUCCAGUAGGUGUGGUUAUUAAAUCAGUCAAUGCAAUUGAUGCAGAUAUAAAUGAAAAUGGUCAGGUGACUUAUUCAUUUUUACAAAGUAACAGUAACUCGUUGCGGUUAUCUACAAUGGUGAACAUCAACUCAGAGACUGGAGACAUAGUCAGCCUGCAGUCUUUUAACUACGAGGAGUUGAAAACGUUUCAGUUUAAAGUUCAGGCCACAGACUCUGGUGUUCCUCCGCUCAGCAGCAACGUGACUGUGAACGUUUUAAUCCUGGAUGAGAAUGACAACAGUCCCACGAUCCUCGCGCCCUAUUCUGAGCACGGCUCCGUUAACAGUGAGACCAUCCCCUAUUCUGCUGAAGCGGGAUACUUUGUGGCAAAGAUCAGGGCUGUAGACGCAGACUCUGGAUACAAUGCGCUGCUUUCCUAUCACCUCUCUGAGCCCAAAGGAAACAACCUCUUCCGGAUCGGAACCAGCACCGGAGAGAUCAGGACUAAGAGGAGAAUGAGUGACAAUGACCUGAAAACUCACCCCUUGGUGGUGUUGGUUUCUGAUAACGGAGAACCCUCCCUGUCAGCUACUGUGUCUAUUGAAGUGGUGGUGGUUGAAAGCACAGCUGACAUCCAGACUCAGUUCAGACAUGUGCCCAUAAAGGAGGACAGCUUCUCUGAUUUAAACCUGUAUCUGCUGAUCUCCAUUGUGUCGGUGUCGGUGAUCUUUCUGCUGACCCUCAUCAGUUUAAUAGCUGUCAAAUGCCACAGGACAGACGGCAGUUUCAGCAGGUACAGCGCCCCAAUGAUCACCACCCACCCUGACGGGAGCUGGUCUUACUCUAAGGCUACUCAGCAGUAUGACGUGUGCUUCAGCUCAGACACACUGAAGAGUGACGUAGUGGUUUUCCCCGCACCGUAUCCACCUGUAGACGGUGAGCUGAUCAGUAUUAACGGAGGAGACACUUUUACCAGAACUCAGACUUUACCUACUAACGACAAGGUAAGAAAAGUAUGA